GAAGGAGGGAACAGCUGAUUGUGCAUCUCACCCGGGCAAAGUCCCAGCUUUCUCGUGGUUAAAAAGAUAAGCUCUUCCCUGAUUGUGCACUUUUACAUCAGAGGAGCAUCGAUGAGUGAAGAGACAUCUGCUGGACCCCACUUCAUCCACAGAAGCAACGUAAUAGUCGGACAUGGCUUCUGCAGGAACUGAUUCAGAAGAAGAAUUGAAUAAGGAGGGGAGUGACGGUGACAAUGAUUGUUCUGAUUUUGAUGAGAAUGAGGUUUCUGACUGUUUCUUAGAAGAUAUAUCCCCACCAUGUGAAGGACACAAAGAAUCUGAUGAUGUUAAAAUCUAUGGUAACAUUCAGGAAAGUUCUAAAGAUUCAACAGAGCUUGAAAACAUAAGCAAUCCCCAAGAUCCUGAACUAAAAUCAAGUCAAAUAUUUCUGAACAAAUUAUCGAGAUUUAUUUGGAAAUCUUUAUCUAAAGCUGAGAUGUGGAACAGAUGUAUUUCAGGCAACCUAAUCUGCUUCUCCUACGUACAAUGUUAAUUCAACACCUGAAACACAACACAGAUAUUGUUCUUCAUACAGAAUUUUCUAAUUGUUUAUCAGCAGAAUGGCAGAUUUUCCUUAAGAAAAGUUACCCCUAUUUCAUGAUAAUAUCUGAUAUUGGGGUUUCCUACCCUCACACAGACUAUCUAAAGAUAUUCCUCAGUCAUUCUUUGUCUAAGAAAAUCAAUGUGGUACUCCCAUCAGGAGACAAUUCUGAUGCACUUAGAGUUUUUGCUUAUCAUAUUAAGAGCAAGUAUGAACACAGGGAAUUUUUUGAACAGGUCUGUCAGACUAUAUUAUUGCUUAAGGAUUUGCAGCCAGAAGGAUCAGACAUUAGGUGUGCUGUCUGUGUUCUGACAUGUGCAACGGUGCUGAAAAUCUACAAGAGCAUGAUAGGAAAAGCAAAAUCCACUGAGACAUUAAAAGAACCUUUCAAUGAAGAGGACAAGAUAGAAGCAUUAACCCUGGAAGAAGUAGCAGAUCUUUGUAGAAUGCAGUGCCUCAGUGUGGCUUUCCUUUGUCAUUUGCCACUUUCACAACGGGCUCAAAUGAGAAUCCUCCAUUCUUGCUGGACUACGCAAGCAUUACCUUUUAUAACGAUGACUUUCAGGAAGAUAUUUUUUCAAUUGCGCAGGGAGACAAAUUUCUUUAAACUCCUAUAUCUUGCAAAGAAAGGCAUUGGAUACCAUCAUUCUGCUAUGAAAGCCAAAGAAAGACAAUCCGUGGAAAUGUUAUUCAGAAUGGGAUAUAUUCAGGUUGUUACAGCAACUUCAACACUGGCAUUAGGAAUUAAUAUGCCAUGUAAAUCAGUUGUUUUUGUGGAAGAUUCGGUAUAUCUAGAUGCCCUGAACUACAGACAGAUGUGUGGGCGUGCUGGAAGGCGUGGACAAGAUUUGUUGGGAAAUGUAUUUUUCUAUGACAUUCCUCUACCCAAGAUUGAAAAACUGAUGAAAUCCAAUGUACCAGAACUUAAAGGCCAGUUUCCUUUGAGCAUCACCCUGAUACUACGACUCAUGCUCUUGGCUGCAAAAGCAGAGGAUAAAGCAGAUGCCAAGGCAAAGGUUUUGUCAGUGUUGAGCCACUCACUGUUAUCAUUCAAGCAACAAAAGAAUGAGGAAAUGUUGAAGAUAUACUUUAUAUUUUCUUUACAAUUUCUUCUCAGAGAGGGCUAUCUGGAUCAGGACGGUAAUCCUAUGGGAUAUACUGGACUAGUGACUCAUCUGCAUUAUCACGCACCUUCCAAUUUUGUUCUGGUUGAUUUUCUCACCAAAGGCUUGCUGCAUAAGUUAUGCCAGCCAAGUGAGAAAGGCCAUCAGCAAUUUUCAAGUGAUAUGAUGGAAAAAUUAGUGCUAGUUCUUUCCCACCUCUUUGGAAGGAGAUAUCUACCACCCUGUCUUAUGGAACUUAAGAACACAUUUUGCCAAUCAAAGGUGUUUCUUGAUGAUCUUCCUGAAGAGUUUGCUGAUGCAGUAAAAGCAUAUAACAGCAAAAUAGAAAACAUCUUUGGUUGCUUUCUCCUGAAUGCUGCCAAACUGGCUGACAUGGAACAAGAAUACCACCUUCCAUUGUCAAAAACAGGGGAUCCAGACAUCGUUUCUCAUAGUUUGACAUCAAAUGUGAGGAAAUCCAACUUCUUCAAUAUUCAAACAAAUAUUUUGUUGCUGAGCAGCAGUGUAGUGGCAAAUUCAGAAGUGCAGAGUCCCCUCAUCUUUAAUAAAGGAGACACCUACAACAUCAUCCAGGAUUUUUCACUUACCAUCAAAGCUAUAGGGACUUCUCUGGAUGAACUAUGCGAAAACAAGGAUGACAAUGUUGUACUUGCAUUUAAGCAACUGGCUGAAAGCUACAAAGCAAAAUUGGAUAAAGUUUAA